AUGGGAGAGCGAAAGGUGCUUAAUAAGUAUUAUCCGCCGGACUUCGAUCCGUCGAAGCUUCCACGGCUCCGGCGACCAAAGAACCAGCAGAUCAAGGUUCGUAUGAUGCUUCCCAUGAGUGUCCGAUGCGGUACCUGCGGAAAUUAUAUCUACAAGGGAACCAAAUUCAACUCCCGUAAAGAAGACGUCAUUGGCGAGACAUAUCUGGGGAUUCAGAUCUUUAGAUUCUACUUCAAGUGCACCAAGUGCUCUGCAGAGCUGACAAUGAAGACGGAUCCACAGAAUUCUGAUUAUAUUGUCGAAUCUGGAGCAAGUCGUAAUUAUGAACCCUGGCGUGCAGAAGACGAGGAGGUUGAUAAGGAACAACAGAAAAGAGAUGCCGAGGAGAUGGGGGACGCAAUGAAGUCUUUGGAGAACAGGACUUUGGAUUCUAAAAGAGAAAUGGACAUUAUAGCCGCACUUGAUGAAAUGAAAUCAAUGAAGUCUAGACACGCCACUGUUAGCGUAGAUGCAAUGCUGGAGGCUUUGCAAAGAACAGGCGCCGAGAAGGUAAAACGAAUAGAAGAAGAAGAUGAAGCAGUUAUAAAGUCGAUAUUUGGUAAGAGAAAGGCAUCAGAAGAAAGUCCAAGCAACCCCACAGAUAUUUUGACUAGUUCUUCUGCAGAAAAUCCGAAGGAGCCCAAGAAACGAGCUACCAGCAAACAACCCUUCAAAUCCGUUCAAAUAAAAGUCAUCAAGAAGCAAUCUCAACCAACUCCUGCAAAACCAGAGGAGAAGAAGAGCGAUGGUGUGCCUAACACUGGAUUAUCAUCUUUAUUCCAGAACUAUGGCAGUGACGAAGACGAGGAUUGA